CAAUUGUGAAACAUUCCACAUGAAAAAACACUAGUACUAUGUCGUCUAAUGUUACACAAUUAUAUAUUUAUUGGUUCGGUUUUCUUUAUUGUAACGAAAUGUUACGUCUUUCCAAAACCAGCUAUAACAGUUGGCAAGUUUUAGCUUUUCUACAAAGCUGUCAUAUUACAAUCGCUUAAUCCAAAACUGUUAUCAUUCCUAGGGAGCAUAAAACAAAGUGUAAUUACAAAGUUUUAGUAUCAUUCCUAGUAUAUAUUUUUUGAUCUUUCUCUGUAAUUUCAGAGUUUUCUCUUCUUGUUUUGUUGAACUCUUUCAUUUGAUCUUGUUUGUUACAAGAGAUUUAUUUUUUGAGUCACGUAUUUAUAAUUAUAACAUAACUUAGGUAAAAAAAAAUCGAAAGUUUCAUUUUUAUGUUUGAAAAAAUGAAGGGUUCAAAUAAUCAAUACCAAUCAAACUAUGUUUCAAAGAUUUUCAAUGUUCAGCUCCACUUUAUAAAUUUUCUCACCUAUGUUCUAGUUUUGACCUUUGGUUUAACACUUGGGAUAAUCUUAAGUUUCUAUCUUAAAGAGUGCACUUUUAGUUUACAAUUCACUCAGUUAUCGCUCUCUUCUAUACAGAAAACACCGUCGUUGCCACCGCCGAUUGCGGUGAAACAAGAACGGGUAGGAUUGAAGGAUUUUCUUAAGGUUCCUCCAGUUAUGCAUGAUAUGGAUGAGGAAGAAUUGUUAUGGAGAGGUUCUAUGACAUCGAAGAUAUCUGAAUAUCCUUUCGAUCGAGUUCCGAAAGUUGCUUUCAUGUUUUUGACAAGAGGUGCUGUGUUUUUAGCACCUUUGUGGGAACAGUUUUUCAAAGGACAUGAAGGGUAUUACUCAAUUUAUGUUCAUUCUAAUCCUUCUUAUAAUGGAUCACACCCUGAGAGUCCUGUUUUUCAUGGUAGGAGAAUUCCGAGUAAGGAAGUUGAAUGGGGCAAUGUGAAUAUGAUUGAAGCCGAGCGUCGGUUACUAUCGAACGCACUUCUCGAUAUCUCGAACCAACGAUUUGUUCUACUAUCAGAAUCUUGCAUACCGCUCUUCAACUUCACAACAAUCUACUCUUACUUAAUAAACUCUACAGAAAACUAUGUCAUGGCUUACGACGAUCCUAGCCCGGUCGGUCGCGGCCGUUAUAGCAUCCAGAUGUUACCUGAGGUUUCCCUCAGGCAAUGGAGAAAAGGGUUCCAAUGGUUCGAAAUGGACAGAGAGCUUGCUCUAGGAGUUGUGUCUGAUAGAAUAUACUUCCCAGUUUUUCAAGAGUAUUGCAAAGGUUCAUGUUAUGCAGAUGAGCAUUAUUUGCCAACUUUUGUUAGCAUAAAGUUUUGGGAAAGGAAUUCAAAUAGGAGUUUGACUUGGGUUGAUUGGUCAAGAGGGGGCCCACAUCCAGCUCAUUUUUUGAGGUCUGAUGUUAAUGUUCAGUUUCUGGAGAGCUUGAGGAGCAAGAAAUGUGCGUAUAAUAAUGGAAACAGCACCAAUGCUUGUUUUCUGUUUGCUAGGAAGUUCUUGCCUAGUACUUUAUCAAGGCUUUUGAAGAUUGCACCUGAGGUUAUGCAGUUUGAACACUAUGAUAAGCCCAAAAAACAUAAGCUAUCACUUAAACCAAUUAUUUGAUUCUUUUUUGUUUGUUUCAUCUUGUAAGUUUUUCAUUGUCCAGUAUAGACAUACACACACAAACUCAUUUGAUCAAUAUAGUUAAUUUCUUUCAUGGA